AUGGCUUCCAAAAACGACGGUGCCGACGACGAGACAUCAUGGACAAACUUGCUGGACCUUCCGACGUUGCUGGCAACGGAUGACCAGCUCUAUAGUGACAUAGAACAACUCUUCACCAUUCUGGAUGAUUCUGUCCUUGAAGAAGAGCUUCCGAUUUCAACCAACACCACGACGCAUCCUGUAUCCAUAUCGUUGCUCCAUCAAGCAGCUACUUCCACUGGCAUCUCUGAGCUCUCAAACACCCUCACAGCUACCUCAUACAAACCAUGUCGUCGUCGUCGAACUGCUACACAUCAAGAGCGACAAAAGCACGAGCUGCUCGUGCUUCGACAACAAGUCGUCCAGAUGAAAGCCCUCUUAGCUGCCAAGCAAGCGACGAGUAACAACAUUCAAAUGUCGGCUUGGGAGCGCGCAGCUCGAGCCGAAUGCAAAGAAAAGUGGAUGUCCAUGCAGGAGAACGCACAACUCAUCGGCGCCGUCCAUGAGCAAGCCACGUUCAUCGAGCACAUGCAACGACUGCUCCAUAGCCACGACCACCACCUUCACUUAGACAACAAGGAUGCAUGGCAGGUGUAUCGUCUGGCCGCACACGAGUCGCUUCGCAUCGCUGGGAUCCACGCGAUCGCCGACCGCCAACUCCGUCGGAUGCAAAACGCAUUCAUCCAAGCCGGAGUCUUUGAAACAUCAGACAACACCUUCCGCGCACAUGUCCGUCCAGACAAGGGCGGGUCCUUUCGAUUUGAACUAGUCAAUAGCGUCACGUUGCCGGCGCCAUUCGCCGUGGUCGCCGCAGCUGCAUGGCACGUGCACAUGGGCGGACCGUCGGCUCCCAGUUGGCCCGACGGCACCACAGAGGUCGUGGAAACCAUCGACAGUCAUACCGUGUACAGCAAACUCACGCAUCAUGUCCAUCAUGGCGGAGUGCCAAGUCACGCCAACGUCAUCCGCAAGCAGUUCCUACAUCCAGCUCGACACGUGAUUGUGUCGCGCAGUGUGCUGGAAGACGCGCGGGACCCGCUCAUGUCGACUCGGACGGUCGAAGACAAAUGGAGCUGGUUGGAACUCGCCGCGUGUCCAGACGAUGUCACAUCAUGUCGAUUGACGUAUGUGGUUCAACUGGGCAUGGGACACACCCAUCGGUUGCUCAUCACAGACGACGAAGUCGCUGGCAUUCAAGCCAUGCUACAACACGUGUCGAUGAGUGAGAACGACGAGGCAACACAAGAUGACGGAAGCCUCGAUAGGACGACUCCCCAACGCCCACACAUGCUCAGCUUUGUGGAGCGGGGCAAACGAUACAUCCACGCGCUACAUGGCGCAGUGAACAAGGCCAUUGGAGUGUACCAUCGACAAAACAGAGGCAACGCUUAAAGGUACGUUGCAUUCAACAUGGGUGGUGGGUGGUCGUUCGCACCUUGCAUGCUCAUUGAAGCUUGUCCGCGCUGGUACGCACGCCACUGAAUCCGACGGCGUCGACGAAGUGGCUGGGAAUCUUGAAAUCCACGAUGAGAAAGUGCGAAAGAGGAGGAGGACUCUGGAGUGGUCUUAACGUUAUAAAGAGCUCUAAUAAUAUUGUGGAUGAUUCGAU